AUGCGGCUAUAUAAGUGCAAAUCAGGAAGUAGUGUUUGACAUACAGACUUGAAAGUGAGAGAAGAAGAAGAACUGAAAAAGAUGGGUUCAAAAUCAUCAUGGUCAAUGGUGGCACUAGCAAUAAUGGCAUUAAGUGUGGUUGCAAUGCUUGAUGGUUGCAUGGCGCAAUCGUUCUGCAACACGUCACUUCCAGAGUUGUUCAACUGCAAGCCGGCCGUGACGCCGCCAAAUCCUUCGCCGCCGACUCCAGAGUGCUGCGCGGUGGUGGCAAAGGCGGACCUGAAAUGUCUUUGCGGAUUAAAGAAUAGCCCCUUGGUGCCAACUCUGGGGAUCGAUCUAAACCUCGCCUUUCAACUCCCUGCAAAGUGUAACCUGUCUCUCCCUCCUCAAUGUUAAUGUAUACACAAACUACUUAAUAAUCAAUAAUAGAGUAAUAACAAUCGAUUAUUA